GCGGAUCUCGCUAUAUUUCUUGAUGGGGAAAACACAAUUUCAACUCUCUCUCUGUCUCUCUCGCUCUGUGUUCUUCCUUCGCCUCCCAGAAUAACUUUUCGAAAAAUUGGAUACUUGGACCCAGCUUCCCACCCCACGGUCACAGAAGGCUCCAGCUGCUACCAUCUUCUCAACAAUGUCGUCCAAAAUAAGGAAAGCGUCUCAUGCGGGGAGCUGGUACUCUGACUCUCCCAAGGAAUUAAACAAUCAACUGACGAGAUGGCUUUCCGCAGCGGAGUUGAAUCAUGGGCCAGCAAGAGCGAUCAUCGUACCGCAUGCUGGAUACUCGUACUGUGGGGAAUGCGCUGGGUGGGCUUAUCGUCAGGUGAGCCCCAACGUGGUGUCGCGAGUCUUCAUUCUUGGCCCCUCUCAUCACGUUCGACUGUCCGGAUGCGCCAUCUCAUCCGCAACCAAGUACUCCAGCCCCCUAUAUGAUCUUCAUGUGGACACUGCCGUCUACGAUCAAUUGGAAGCUGAUCAUCCCAAUACAUUUGAGCGAAUGUCGAUCAGUGUGGAUGAGGACGAACAUUCCCUUGAGAUGACAAUCCCGUACGUCGCGAAGGUCAUGGAAGAGAGAAAGAACCAUUUUGGAAUUGUGCCCGUGAUGGUGGGAUCAUUGACGCCCGAGAAGGAAGCCGUAUACGGAGCCAUCUUUGCUCCCUAUCUUGCAGAUCCGACCAAUUUGUUUGUAAUUUCAUCCGACUUUUGUCAUUGGGGGAGUCGAUUUCGCUAUACUUACUACGACCAGAGCAAGGGGGCCAUUCACCAGUCAAUCUCACAUCUCGACAAGCAGGGGAUGGACAUAAUUGAAACGCUGAACCCGACUGCGUUCACAGACUACCUCCGCAAAUUUCAAAACACUAUUUGUGGCCGACACCCAAUUGGCGUACUUCUCAAUGCUGUGAAACAUUUGCCGGAGAAGGAGAAGAGUAAUUUUCAACUGCGGUUCCUCAAGUACGCCCAAUCCAACCAAUGCUUUAACCAUUCGGACUCCUCCGUUAGUUAUGCAUCAGCUUCGCUUAUCUCCAAGUGAAAGUAUUUUCCACUCUCAGGACUAUUAUUAUUUUAUUAAGACCAUCACGACCUAUCUAUCUAAUGACUGAUUCUCUCACAAUUUAUCGUCAGCAGCAGUCUCAGCAACGGCAACAAUUAAACGUGGCUGACGGCCUUCCAAUCUUUGCUUUGUGUGGUAUUUGGGGUUAAAAAGUCCCUUGCUUUAAGCUGUAUGUAAUGCAAUUUUGUGCUAUCAUUGGAAUUUGGUAGACACUGAUCGACUUUGAAGAUGAUUAAAUCAUUUUUGUAGCAAAUCCACCAUAAACAGAUUUAUUUAAUGUAUCAGGUUUGUGCAUGUAAUAUUUGUAAGUGUUACGAUAAGUUCUGGGGUUUAAAUUUUCAAUCUCAUAAUAUGUAAUGGUGAAUGCAGUAGUUAGGAUUUUCUAAUAGUUUUUGUAAUAUAAUGGUUCUCCCUUUCUACGUUCCAUUAAACAGCAGAGGACAAUAAACUGUUUCUUAAUAACAA